GUUGUUCUACCGAUUUUCAGGAGAUUCGCUCUUCCCUUGGUCGAUUGCUUGACUUGAUUCUGUUCCGCAGGUCGUACGUUCUUUCCCAUAUUCUUUUCUACGUCACUCAAUCUGCACUAUGUUGCAAUCUACUAUCUUCAUCACCCUGCUUGCAGGCAGUGUCGUCGCGGCUCCGCUUGCAGAAGGCAGCGUGAAGACCACCAGCUCGUGUACUUCCCUUACUGCAUCUCCCACCCCGAUCGACGAGGGAUAUGGCCCUACGCAGGUAGCUUCGCAACCAGUUCACUCUGCGCCGACCAUUGCUAGCAUGACACCUUCGGUUACUAUUGCUCCUCCGGUCCCUUCAGCUCCGAUUCCAGCCGACGAUGACCAGCCCGCAAUUUUUGUGUCGUACACCUUCUCGUGGUCCAGCGACUGGGACGCAAAGACGUUUACGGAGCGUUAUUUCCCCAGCACUCUCCCAACACCCUCAUCUCUCAUGCCAGUUACUACACCCGCCAUCAUGCCGACUGGAGCCCCAGAAGUGCCAACCACUCCUCUUCCCAUCGAAACAACUUGCACUGAGGAGGAGGCUCAAAAGACCCGUACACCACUCGAUACCACCACCUCCUCGGCCUCCCCAUCCACCAUGCCCACGGAUGCAGACUCUACUUUCUCCUCUCCAAGCCCCACCGGAAACUCUACGCGCCCCACAGCUCCUCUCCGCCCGAGCAGCACCGGCAGCCCAGAUGAACACAAGGGUGACGGCUAUGGCUAUGGCCGUCCUCGUCCUUCCGACAAGUGGCCAUUCAAACACCAACCUUCUGGAGGAUUGCACCACCCUACCGGGGGAUUGUACCACCCCAAGCAGCCCUCUCCUUCCAGCACUACUUGCACGGGGGAGGCAAAGGCAAGCAGCACCAUGCAGACCAGUGUCAGACCUACUCUCACCGCUGGUGGGUACUAGGGAUACCCUGCGACACCCUGUGACAAGGGUAUUCGCUAUUUCCAUGUAAUAUUAAUAUCAGCCUUAUAUUCAACACGGUGUGUGUGUGGCUAUUUUCGGUACACAUUAUUCUGCUAGUUGUCGUAACGCGAUAAGAUACAAGCGAUCAUAU